AAAUUGAAGUGCCACAGCACCAUCUCCUCCAAUCAUCAUCCACCACCUUCUCCUUUUCUUUCUCUCUCUCGUUUGGUAUUCCUGCUUUUCCCUUCUCAAAUUCAUCAUCUUUUUUCUGUUUUCCCUAAAGAAAAGGGCAGAAAUCGUCCUCAAGUAACCCUUUUUCUCCUUCACAUAACCCAAAGAUCCAAGAAUUCAACACAUAAUCUUUCCUAUUUUGGAGAGAGAAGGGGUUUUAACUUUUUUUUUUGUGUAUUUUCUUUACCAUUUCAAGCUUUUAAGGAAACCCCCUUUGCAUACACAACACUCUGUCUUCUCAUUUUUUAACUACCAACUGCCUUUUUCCCCUUUCCUAAACGAUAUGUCAAGAACUUCCCUGUUUUCCAAUUUUAGAAAUCAUCCCCCAAUUUCUGUUAUCAGUUCAGACUUCAGAUCAUGUUCAAUGUUUCUAGGGUUUUCUUGAUGUUUAUCAAUCUAAUUUCGGGAAUAUAUUGUGGUUAAGUUUCAAAAAGGUGUGUCUUUUAAAGAUUCCUCAGGUGGUUGGGUGGUUGCCCAUAGCAAACAGAAAAAAAAAAAAAAACUAUUCUGAUUCCUUUAAAAUGCGUCUUGAUUUUUAACCUUCUGUUACAUAACCUUCCUACAUUUGCUCCCCUGUUUUUUCUCUACUCCUAGUUUUCUAAUAUAAACUUCUAAAAAUCCGAUCUUGAUUGUUUGGGGUGCUUUAAUUAAGCUUCAAUGAAGUGGGAAACAGAUAUCCUUUCGAAUUCGUCAAGCUGGAUGAUGGAAGAUAGCUUAAAGAGCAGAAUAUGGACUCCUCUUGAGAACAAAUUGUUCGAGAAUGCGCUUGCAAAGUUUGAUAAAGACACCCCUGAUCGGUGGCAGAGGGUGGCGGAGAUGGUCCCGGGGAAGACGGUGGUGGAUGUGAUGCGACAGUAUAAGGAAUUGGAAGAUGACGUGAGCAGUAUUGAAGCAGGGCUAUAUCCCAAGUAUGGGUAUAAUAAUAACACUUGUCCUUUUACUUUAGAAUGGGGGAAUAAUCAUGGUUUGAAUACGUCCAGGUCUCCGCCGUAUGGCGGCGGAGGAAAGAGGUCUCCGGUGGAUGUGAUCGCUGCCGGUCGCCCUGUUGAACAAGAAAGGAAAAAGGGAGUUCCGUGGACAGAAGAAGAGCACAAAUUGUUUCUAUUGGGGCUAAAGAAGUAUGGAAAAGGAGAUUGGAGAAAUAUAUCAAGAAACUACGUUGUGACAAGAACACCAACGCAAGUUGCAAGCCAUGCUCAGAAGUAUUUCAUCCGGCAGCUUUCCGGUGGGAAAGAUAAGAGAAGAGCAAGUAUUCAUGAUAUAACAACAGUGAACGUUAAUGAAAAUCAAAACUCCUUGCCAAAAAAUAAAAGAACAUCACCGGAGCAAUGUAAGUUUCAGUGGAGCCACCCCGGUGGUGGUGGUGGUGAUGCAGCCAUGGCAUUCGACCAAACAAAUGGGAGCAUGUUUAUGUCUCCGAGAUACAAAGGUAAUGGUGGUUUACAUGAAUUUUAUGGUGGAUCUCAGAGCAUGGUUUUUCAGAUGCAACCUGCGAUGCAUUACCCUCAUGGAUGAGCCAACAUUUUCGUUUGAUAACAUAUGUAGUGAUAAUUGAAAAUGAUUGUUUCUCUUUUUUGCUUGAUUUAAGUAGUUUGUUACUUUGUUUAUAUGUUUUCUUUUUUGAGUUUUUUUGAUCACUCUCUUGUUGUGUUAUAUCUAUAAUGUGAAUAUUGUAGUUUUUUAGCA